GUUCUAGGUGGUGACCAUCCUCACUCAGUCGCGGUAAGGGCGACCACAUUCAGAAUCUAGCAAGACAAACGCAAAGCUAGACGUAGCUAAAUAAGAUCUUAUCGGUGCUUAGGUCGGCUGCAUUUGGUGGUGCUGCUGGACGCCCUUCAAAGCAUGGCUGCCGCCACCUCAUCCCUUCUGUGCUCCGCUUCGGCAGGCUUUGCCCUGCCGCAUGGAUCCUCGGCGCAGUCGCUUGGCAGCCAGAAUGCCAUUGCAAAGACGCCGCUCCUUCCGGGGGUGAGAUCUAAUGUGUCAAGACGAAGGGCAGCCACUUGCAUAAAGGCCGUGAAGAAUGACAUUGGAAAGGACCAGACGGGCCGGCAGCGAGCAGGCUUGGCGGGGCUGCUGCUUCCUUCUUUUGCUGCAGUGCUCAUUGGAGGCACACCCUUCGUCCCCGACGCAAGUGCUGAGAUGUCAUCUGGAGACUACUACAAGUCCUUGAUGGAGAGUGUGAAGAAGAGCCAGACUCAAGCACCAGUCGUAGCGCCAAUCCUCGCCCAGGCUCCCCCAGUGGCCGCGGCCGCCAUCACCGCAACUCCGGUCGCGGCAGCAACUCCUGCGGCUGAUGACGACAUUCUGUCGCUCUUCUCGUCGGCGCUGGAGACCCCCUCGAAAAAAGCGGAGCCCAAGGCCGCCGAAUCGGAGCAGCCGAAGGCUCCCACUGCAGCGGAGCUGAGGGCGAAGCGCGUGGAGGAGGUGGCCAAGAGAGAGAGAGAGCAGGCAGAGAAAAGGGCUGCCGAGCAGAAGGCUCUAGAGCAGAAGGCUCAAGAGGCGAAGGCUCAGGUGGAGGCGCGCGCAAAGGAAGCUGCGGCCAAGGCAGAAAAGGAGGCGGAGCAACAGGCGAAGCGGGCCCAAGAGACAGCCAAGGAGGCAGCGAAGUCGAAGAAGACGCACGGGUACCUUCCCCUGUUCCUCGCGCAGUUCCUCGUCCUGGGUCUUUAUGCGGGGGCGAUCACCGUUGCGUUCUUCUUGCCAAAGAGCCAGAGCGAGAAGAUUGAAGCGGUAAUGAAUGACAUAGCCAAGACAGUUGGCCCCGUGUUUGACAAAGUGAAGCCGCUCGCCGAUCAAGCGGUGGCUGCCGGCAACAAGCUCGCAAAGCAAGCGCAGCCUUUGGUUGGGAAGGCGGCAAAGGAGGCGGUGCCCCUCGUCAGGAAAGCUGUCGACGCAUCCAAACCCCUUGUGAGUCAAGCGCAAGCGAAAGCCGGCGAAGCCCUCGAGAAGGUGAAAGCCAGCCAGGAGAGUUGAUUCGAGUUGUGGAGCGGAAGCGCGAGCUCUGGCCUGCGUUCGGGGUUGGAAGUGCACCCGAAGCCGGCGCUGGAGCAGUCCGUUGUUGACAUUUUUGCGGAAAUACGGAGACAUCAAUACGAUCGUGAGACAUGAACAAAGUGUAAGAGUGUUGAUUCAAGAAUGAGGUCAAAACGUACAGCAUUGCUUUCUAAGCUCUGUAGUAAUCAUCUCAACUCAUAUGUUGGGUUCAGCUUCAAAGCCGUUCACUAAGAUGCAUGUAAUUGUGUGCAUCCUACACCCUCUAUUAGACAUGGUUC